UAUUUCUAGAUUGAGGAAAAAUUAACCGCAAAUUUUUCAUUUCAAGUUUUGCUGUCAAAAUGUCAGCAAACUCGGGCAGCGAAUUACAGGUAAUUUCAAAGUCAAAUUACUGUCAAUUUCAGGCCAAAGUGGCUAUUAAGGAAAUUGCAACGGGAUGAGGAUAUAUCCUGAUAACGAGUUUAACAAAAAAUUGACGUACACUUAAAAACUUAACUAGACCAAUCCGGCGAUGAGAAUGAUCUCUCUAGAUCUCUAGCUUUCUAGAUGAUCAAUAUUCUAACUCAAAACUUGAUGUGGAACAUUUGACAUCUCGAUGAGGUCUAGUACGCAAAAAGGAUCAUUUUAAUUUAUUGCUCUCUCCCACACAUAAAAUUACAUAUAAACUUUGUAUAAAAUAGCAGCUGUAAUUUUACGUCACUUGUAGACGUUAUUUCACGUAUAUGAUAUAAGAGCUAAAAGUUGGGCAUCAAUUUUUUAAACGUACUUUCCUUAAAGUUGGCUUCAGAAUACAGCAGUAGCUAGAAGUUAACUUGUGGAUAAGGUGGCUAUCAAGGGUGAAUUUCAAAGUUUCUAAACAGAUUUUUCUUUAAUAUAACAGUCAAUAUACGUCAAUUUCUGUUCUUUAGUAUUUUAACUACAUCAUUAGUGCAAAUGAAAGAGAGUUUACCACAAAUCUUGCUUUCACCUUUUUUACCGUCAUUUUGCCGUCGAAUGUCGGGUAUUAGUUUCGGUCAAGCUAAAUUUUCAACUUUAUGACGUCCUUUUCAAAGCCACUCGGUCUGCAAGUUGACGUCAACUUUAAAAUUCAACUUGCUCAAAAUGUACACCUGAAGUAAAACAUCAAAAGAUUUGCAGUGAGAUUUUGUUUUAACUUGCACUGUAUAUUGCACUCAAACAGUUUCCACUAAAAUAAAAAAAAGAACUUGACGUGUAAUUGCUAUCAAAUCGAAGGAGAAGAAUUUAACUGGAAAGUGAGCAAAAGCUAACUUCAUAUCAUCAAGUGUAACAUGAAGGUAGCCAAUAACCGAAAAUUCGUCUUGUAGAAGGAAUUUCUUCGCUAGAUUCGAAAAACGGGGGCAUCAAAAUUUUUCAAUUUUAAUUUUUUUAUUAAAUUAACAAAAAAAGUUUAAUUUUAUGAAAAUUACAUAGGAAUAUCAUAAUUAUGAAUAAAUGAACUAAUAUUAUAGGCUGACAAAGCACGAUAAUUUAUUGGUUUGAAUUUAAAAUAUGAGUGAGGUUAAAGUGACAUAUGGUUCGAGAAUAGAGACACGGUCGUCUCACACCGACGCGACACACAUGGUGUACAUGUGUUGGAACGCGUACUUGGCGCGAGAUACUACCGUGUCUCCGGAUAUGAGUUAAUACAUGACUAGAUCUGAUCAGAUCUGACUGAUAUAAACCCAUGUAUAAUCAGAUAUAGGUCUAUACAUAAUUAGGUCUGAUUAGACAUGACUGAUACAAACCCAUAUAUAAUUAGAUAUAGGUCUAUAUAUAAUUAGAUCUCAUCAGACUUGAAUUAUAUCUACCUAUGUAUGAUAAUAUAUAGGCUUAUAUAUAAUUAUACAUGAGUUAAUACAUGACUAAAUCUGAUCAGAUCUGACAAAUAUAAACCCAUAUAUAAUCAAAUAUAAGUCUAUAUAUAAUUAGAUCUGAUCAGGCAUGGCUAAUAUAAAUUCAUGUAUAGUCGUGCAUAAGUUUAUAUAUGAUUGGAUCUGAUCAGACAUGAGUGAUAUAAAUUUAUAUGUAGUUAUAUACGUCUAUGUAAGAUUAGAUCUGAUCAGACUUCAUUGAUAUGAAACCUAUAAAUAUUUAAUUAUGUGUAUAGCUCCGAUAUACAUAUUAGAUAGUAUAAUAAUUUUUUAAUAUCAAUGUUAUUAAAUUUUUAUUUUGUCAACUAUCAAUCAAACUUAAAUCCUCAAAAAUAAAUAAACUUGAAAAAUGUUCAAAGAUUUUGACAGUAAUUCAAAAGUAUGAAUCAAUAUCGAUUGAGACAAUGUGAAUUGUCUUCGUCGUCCUCAGCCUUGCGGUUCCCAUUUUUCCCCGUCUUCUUGUCGCCUGAAACUACACAAGUCAUAGUGCCGUGGUCACAUGACUUAUUUUCACGUUGACGCAUGACCGUAAGGGUGAAGUGGGGACAGAGUUCAGAGGCGAGUACCAGGCCCUCAAUUAUCGGUCAGACACUUCGAUCUUGGAUCUAUUAGCGUUCAGAGUUAUUCUAAAUUAAUUUUUGUUAGCUGGCAAUUCUACUUGCAUUAUAUCAAUCUGUUACGAUUCAAUUUAAUUAUUAUACUUUAUAUUUUACUGGCAACUUAGCUUGCGAUUCUAUUGUUUAUUAUAUAUUAUUAUUUUAGUAAAAAAUACGUUUAAGUUAAUUAGUUUAUCAUUACGUUACCGCUGAUACAUCUAUAGUAUCAGCGUAUUAAUUAUAAAGAAUGAAAUCAGUGCGAUAACCAAUGCUUCCACGUGGCCAUCCAUUGUUAUUUGGACCAUAUCGAUUGUAUUCUACGAGAACAUUUAUUGUGCAGUUAUUUAUUUUAAUAGGUAGUAUUCAAUACUAUUGAUCGGAUAUUGAAUAAGGUUAAAAAUGUUUGAGUCACCAAGAAGUCUCCAAGAAGUUUGUGUGGACUUUAUUUGCGAUAAUGUUUUAGCGCUUUGUGAAGUUCAUUCAAGUAAUAUCGGGAGUACAAAUUUUAAUCAACUUUCAACAACAACCACAGAAGAAGGACGAUUAAUUUAUAAUACUAAUGACGAUAAUGGUCUAUUAGUUACUGCAUCCUCAGCAGCAGCAUCCAUAAAUGACAUUAAUUUUUGUUCUUUAACGAGACUUAAUUUUAAAGAUCCCGAUAUUUUUUUGCCAGCUCAAAUUUCCGAACAAUUAUUAGCUUCUCUUUGCGAGAAAAAAGCCUUGUCUGAUCUGACUAUAACUCUUUUCGACUCAAAAACAACCAUAUUAAGGCACGUGCGACUCAAAGAUGCUUCGAGUCUAUCUGUUAAAGGUUUAAAAGUUUUGAAACAACAUAAAAUUAUUGAUUUAGAGGUAAAUGGACUUAAGGUCACGAUAAAUGAUUUAAUAGGAUGUCUUGGACAGUGGAGCUUAGACAAUCUUAGAUCUUUAAGUGUUGCAAAAGGAAGUUUUAUAGACUGUUCUAGAGUUUGUGUAUUUAUGGCAUUGAGCAAAUUACGAGCGCUUCAUACUUUAAAUGUUUCCGGGACAGAAUUUAACAAACACGGGUUAGAAAUUAUUGUUGAGGAUUUGCCUUUAUUGGAGAGUCUUGAUAUUUCAUGUACACGUGUAGAUGAUAUAACACCAUUAAAAAAAUGUAAAAAUCGUUUGAAGAGUCUAGCUAUGUAUAAUCUUAAAAUAACCGGGUAUGGAAAUCUCAAAACUGUUCUCUCGGAACUCGACUUACUUAGAAAUCUUGAUAUUUCUGAUGAAAAAGAUUCAUACACAUUUGAGAUGUUUGCUCCUAUCCGAUCAAAAAUAACAGACCUUCUUCGAGCAGUGCAUUGCAUGCCAUAUCUUUCUAGUCUAGAUAUUUCUGGAAAAGAUGAAAUUGAAGUAAAAGAUCUUAAAGAAUUUUUAAAAAAUCAUCCCCAUUUAGAAUUUUUAGGACUUGUACAUUCAGAUGCUUGUUACGAAGAUAGUUUAAUUAAUCCUGCCAAUAAAGAUUACAGACCAGGAUUGAUUGUUAGUGGCAUGGCCACUGAAGCUCAAAUCUUAGAAGGUUUGCGAAGAUAUCCUCAUAGACCUAUUUAUGUACAAAAAUGUUUAUAUAAUUUAUUUCGAUUAACACCGCAUUUUAAUGAACCUCGAGUUGACGUGAUAAAACUCGUUAUACCAGGUAUGAGAGCUCAUCCAGAAGAGUUUCGUGUACAGAUGGCAGCAACAGCUUGCCUUUAUAAUUUAACUAAAGGCGAAUUAGCUACGAAAAUACAUCCGUUUGUUCUUAAGCAAAUUGUUGAUUUAACACUUACAGCUAUGGAAUCUUAUCCUAAUCAUUAUCAGUUACAAAAAAAUACUCUAUUAACAUUAUGCAGUGAUCGGAUUUUACAAGAUGUUCCUUUUGAUAAGUACAGGUGCGCAAAAUUAGUAAUGAAUUGUCUUUCUGCAUUCGAUGACGCUUCUAUGAAUCGAAUGUCAGUAGCUAUUUGUUCAAUAUUAGCUGCUAAAAUUUCUACAGUAGAAACUUCGAUGCUUGGUUCAAAGCCCCAAUACAUGUCAAAACUUCUUUCGAUGGUAAGAUCAAAAAUCCAAUUACGAUCUGUUGAUAUCACUAUGAGAUUUACUUUGAGUGCAUUAUGGAAUCUGACGGAUGAAAGCGCUGCGACCUGCAAAGUUUUCCUUGAAGAAGGUGGAAUGGAGCUUUUUUUAGAGGUUCUUGAAUGUUUUCAAGGUGAAUCCAGUGUAGAAACAAAAGUUCUUGGGUUGCUCAAUAAUAUAGCUGAGGUAGGCCACUUGAGACAACGAUUGAUGCAGUCACGCUUUAUAAGAAUGCUCUCAAUGCUAUUGGAUUCAGAGCACAUCGAUGUGUCUUACUUCGCAGCGGGUAUUGCUGCACAUUUAUUAAGUGACGGUCCAUGUGCUUUGAUGACAUGGACUGCUGAUCCAUCAUUACGAACAAGGGAACAGUUAUUAGAUCAAUUGGCCAAUGCAGUUACAAAUUGGCAAACACCGCAAGGAGAAAUGGUAGCUUAUCGGAGUUUCCAGCCAUUCUUUUCGCUUCUCAAACGUAAACAAGCUUAUCCAGUACAGCUUUGGGCUGUGUGGGCAAUCCAUCAUGUCUGCACUAAAAAUCCAAAACGAUAUUGUGAUAUGUUGGUUCAAGAAGGUGGAACAGUACUUUUGAAAUUAUUAGUGCUAAAUGACAAAGAGAUUCAAUCGAAUGUAAGAGCAUUGUGUCGUUCAAUUCUAGAUACUAUUUCACUUUAUCCAUGUUAACGACUUGUCAAUAUGUAGGAAAUACGACAAGCUAGUCAAUUUAACCAUUUGAGAGAAGAACGUUUACUACUGAAAAUCUCCUAAAUAAAAUGAUUUAAAUGGUUCGCUCGUGAAUAUUAUUCUGUAAUAUAAUUUUUUAAAAUAGAGUUUAUAGUAACAUAUAUAUAAAUAAAUAUAUUUUAAGGUGGCACAAAUAAACUGAUUAAUUUCUAUUUCUUUGUUCUCGUAUGAAAAUUUUGGAGUCCAAAAAUCAGCAUGUUUAAGUGAUUUUUAAAAGUCGCUCAAGAAUCUAAAAAACUAAAAAAAAACUUGUAAAGUCAGUAGGUGUACUUAUGUACGCGCGGUAGAAGUUAUAAUUCUUUGGCGUGACUAAAAAACAUUUUAUUACGCAUGUAAAUGAUAUAAAUACGUAGAAAAAUGUUCAUACUUUUUAUUAGAGUUAGAAAAAAAGCAAACUCCAUAAAACGGCUGUCCGAUUUCAAAACACAGAAAGAAACAAAUUUUUUUAAAUCGAUUUUUUAGUAUUUUUAGUUCCACUGAAUUUAUAUUAAAAAAAUUUUACUUUUGUUCGUUACUGUGUUUUGAAAUUGGGCAGUCGAAAAGUUCAAGUAUUUUGGAGUUUAAGAUAUCGAAUAAAACCGGCAACUUAAACUACAAAGUACUUUAACUUUUCUGGAAUUUUUUUUCUUUUCUACAUGUAAAAGAACGUAUGAAAAUUAAUUUUACGUAUCAGCAUACUAUUCUUAUUUGAUUUUAAAAAAUUUGUUCAAAGAAAAAAGUGGAAGAAACCAAUGUAUUUUUUGUUUCAAUUUUCAAUCGUUUUGGGAGCCGGGUUAGCGUUAUCGGAUUAGGCUCAAAUUUAACAAUUUUUUUUUUUUUUUUU